AUGAAUACCCUUCUAGGGUUUCUUCCACAAAAGAUUCGAAGGGUUUUCACUUUCAACCUCAACACCCGCACUGUUCUCCAUGACGAACUUAUUGUCGAAAUCCUAACGUUCCUUGACGUAAAAUCUCUUAUGCAGAUGAAGUGUGUUUGCAAGUCUUGGAAAACCCUAAUCUCCGAUCCAGUCUUCGUCAAAAUGCACUUUAAGAAACAAUCUACAGGAAUGACACACCUCGCUUUUCUCUCAAACAAGUUUGAAGGUUCUGGUGAUUGUAUGGCUGCACCCAUCUCUCGUUUGAUGGAGUGUUCUUCGAGUUCUAUCACCCUUACUGAUCCUUACCACCAAUUCAAUUACAAGGACGCCGGUGACGUUCUUGGUUCAUGUAAUGGGUUGGUCUGCAUGCAAGAUUGUUCUUUCACUGCUGAAUAUCAGGAGCACUCGUUCUCUUUUUGGAACCCUGCCACAAGGACAAAGUCUGAAGCAUUAUUGUCUUUUCGCAAUUAUGCCAAGGAGAAAAAUAACUGCAAGUUCGCGUUUGGUUAUGAUAAUUCAACAGACACUUACAAGAUGGUGUUGUUAUGUUUGAAAAGGGAUGGUGAGCUUAUUGCAACCACGGUUAAAGUUUUUACUUUGGGUGAUAAUGUUUGGAGAGAUAUUGAUUGUUUCCCGGUGGAAUUGGUGUAUCAUCGUUCUUUAAUGUUUGCGAGAGAUAAAGUUUAUUUGAAUAAUAGUAUUAAUUGGGUUGUCCGUCACCGAUAUUAUUGUCAUUUGAAGAAUCUUACAGUUGAAAAAUUUGUGAUCAUCUCACUUGAUAUGAGGACAGAGACAUAUACACAGUUGUUGCUCCCCCGAUGUUGUGAUGAAGAGCUAACCGGUGCUGCAACUCUUUCUUUCAUUCUUUGUAUGGCCAAGCUCAUUCAUAGCAAGAACAUAUAG